AUGUUCCGCCAGGAGCAGCCGCUGGCUGAGGGCAGCUUCGCGCCCAUGGGCUCCCUGCAGCCGGACGCGGGCAACUCGAGCUGGAACGGGACUGAGGCGCCGGGGGGCGGCGCUCGGGCCACUCCCUACUCCCUGCAGGUUACGCUGACGUUAGUGUGCCUGGCCGGCUUGCUCAUGCUGUUCACCGUGUUUGGCAACGUGCUUGUCAUCAUCGCGGUGUUCACGAGCCGCGCGCUCAAGGCGCCCCAGAACCUUUUCCUUGUGUCGCUGGCCUCAGCCGACAUCCUGGUGGCCACGCUCGUCAUCCCCUUCUCGUUGGCCAACGAGGUCAUGGGCUACUGGUACUUUGGCAAGGCGUGGUGCGAAAUCUACCUGGCGCUCGACGUGCUCUUCUGCACGUCGUCCAUCGUGCACCUGUGCGCCAUCAGCCUAGACCGCUACUGGUCCAUCACGCAGGCCAUCGAGUACAACCUGAAACGCACACCGCGCCGCAUCAAAGCCAUCAUCGUCACCGUGUGGGUCAUCUCGGCCGUUAUCUCCUUCCCGCCGCUCAUCUCCAUCGAGAAGAAGGGCGGCAGCGGCGGCCCGCAGCCCACGGUGCCGCGCUGCGAGAUCAACGACCAGAAGUGGUACGUCAUCUCAUCGAGCAUCGGCUCCUUCUUCGCGCCUUGCCUCAUCAUGAUCCUGGUCUAUGUGCGCAUCUACCAGAUUGCCAAGCGCCGCACCCGCGUGCCACCCAGCCGCCGGGGUCCGGACGCCGCCGCCGCGCCGCCGGGGGGCGCCGAGCGCAGGCCUAACGGCCUGGGCCCCGAGCGCGGCGCUGGCCCCACGGGCGCCGAGAACGAGCCCCUGCCGGUCCAACUCAACGGCGCCCCUGGGGAGCCCUCGCCGGCCGGGCCGCGCGACGCCGACGCGCUGGACCUGGAGGAGAGCUCGUCGUCCGAGCACGCCGAGCGGCCCCCGGGGCCCCGCAGGCCCAAGCGUGGGCCCCGGGCCAACAGCAAGGCCCGGGCGAGCCAGGUGAAGCCGGGGGACAGCCUGCCGCGGCGCGGGCCGGGAGCGGCGGGGCCUGGGGCACCGGGGGCCGGGCCAGGGGAGGAUCGCGGCGCGGGAGCCAAGGCUUCGCGCUGGCGCGGGCGGCAGAACCGGGAGAAACGCUUCACGUUCGUGCUGGCCGUGGUCAUCGGCGUGUUCGUGGUGUGCUGGUUCCCCUUCUUCUUCACCUACACGCUCACAGCCGUCGGCUGCUACGUGCAGCCCACGCUCUUCAAGUUUUUCUUCUGGUGCGGCUACUGCAACAGCUCGCUGAACCCGGUUAUCUACACCAUCUUCAACCACGACUUCCGCCGCGCCUUCAAGAAGAUCCUGUGCCGGGGGGACAGGAAACGGAUCGUGUGAGCGCCCGGCCAACACCGGGCGCACAAACUCUUGCCGACAGAAAGCGGAGAUUCAGGGGCAGGUCUACGCAGCCCCGGCAUUCUGAACACAGGCCCUGCGUUUCCUGCCCUGCGGCCCCCUGCGGGCACCUGUUGUCCCUACUAGGGAGAAGUACUGGCUGGGAGGGCCAACACUACCCCAAUUGUGGGGGCCGCUCCUGACUGGGAGCCUCCUGGGCCGCCCCUAAUCAGUGUUGUUUCCUAAAGGUGUUUCACUCCCCUCCCCCAACUCAGCUCUCACGACACCAGAGGGCGAUUGUUCACAAAGGGUUAAUAGAUGGGGGUUACCCAAUCUUGCCUAAUGGCCCGCCCCCCCCCGCUUCUAUUUUUUAACAAACGCUAGGGGCAGCCCUGCCUGCCCUCCCUACCCCCACUGUAAAUAGGCACUAUUUUUGAUAGUACAUGGGGGCGGGGCUCUCCUCCUCAAAUGCUGGUCGGCAUUGGUUUUGAUGUUGGCAUCCUGGCUGGCUGAGUUGCCCUCCAGGCAGACUCGGCUCUCUAGUCUGGCCGAGCCUCUUUGCAAUGCAAGCCUUUUCUAGUGUUCUUACAGUCCCUCUGGCCUUUUUCCGCCAACAACUGGUGACUGUCUCUUGGAGCUGGACCUGCUCUGAGUUAUCCUGACGGGGAGAAUAUUUCUGUCCAUUUUUUCCUGUGCCUAACAGCAUAAUUGCCUUUUGCUGUGUAAAUACUACAGUGAUGGAUCAAGACAGAAGUAAAUGAACCUGUCUGCCUGGCAUGGGCCCUGUGUAUGAAGCCAUUCUCCUCUGAUGCACCGCUCACCCCAAUAACUCACCUUAAAGCCUCUCCGGUGCCCCCUUCCUCCCCCCGGGGCCACAGCUUGAAGAAUAUGUAAGUUUAUAUCUUGUGUGUACGUGCAACCCUCCCCCCUUGAAAGCGCUGACUGCAGGGGAAACCUUUGAGCUGCUGUUUUUAGACACGAAGGAGUGGAAAUUAUGUGGAAGAAGCAAACCCGAUGUAAUUUGCCCAAGGUAAACAGUUCGAAAAGACAAAUGGGCCUGCCAAACUGUACAGUUCCUACCCCAAGAGCUCUUGGGUAUCAAAAGUGUUGUCAUUCCCCCUUGUCCCUGGCUUUUCUGGUGGAGAUCAUGUCAUUGAUGAGCUCCCAAAGGCAGGGUAGGAGGGCGGAGACCAGAGUUUACAUCUGCGUUUCUACGUGUUUUAGACAGAGACUCUUUAAGGCCUGUGCUCUUAUUUCACUAAAGAAAAACUCAUGUCAGCACCUGUUGCCACUGGCAGUGGAUUUUUUUUUUUUUAAUAAAAAAGUUUACAGACCAAAUGUGAAAUAAAUAUGAAUCAAAUGGUCCUGUCUGUGGUCUGAGUUUUCAAACACUUGAAGACUCUGGGAACGUCUGAUUUUUUGUAUAUAUAUAUAUUUUAAAUCAUUUUUAUUGUGCUUUAAGUGAAAGCUUACUGUAUAUGUUUUUUUUUAGCUAAAGACAUGUACAUUAUAAAAAUAGUCACCUUUAACAGACUGACAACAAAGCUACCUUUACCAGGUGUUUCUUAUGUGUGGUGAGCCCGUUACAGGCACUCUCAUUUAAUCUUCCUAGGAACUGUAUGAGGUCAGGACUACUAUUAUCCCCAUUUUACAGGUGAAGAAACUGAGUCUCAGAGGAUUCGCUCAAGGUUAACAGCAAGUAAGUGGUGGAAGUUCAUUUGUAUCCAGCUUUAUCUGGUUCUAGGGUCUGUACUCCUAACCCCAGAGCUUUGUCUUCCUGGAAUCACCAGCAUUAACGCUUCACAGAAAGCUCCCAGUAGAGACCUAUACACAAAGGAUGCUGUCCACACAAAGUAUGGCUUCUGUCCCAGGUGUGUACAUAUACACAAAAUGUGUGCAUACCCCAAAGCGUGCCUGUACACUGACCAUAUAUAUACCUCACAGUAGGUGUACCCCCCCAAAGUGUGGUAUAUGCACAAGGUGUGAAAAGUACUCCAAAAACUGUAAUAUACCUUAAAGUGUGGUAUAUACCCCAAAGUGGGUGUAGGCACAGUGAGGCGUAAACAUGUAAGUAGAACCAUGUUUUAGUUGGUGGCUUGAACUGCCUCUGCCAAAGGCCUGUAUCCUUCUAGUUGCAUUUUUGUAGUAGCAAGAUUCACCCUGCUAUUUAGGAGGGCCUGAGGCCCUCUCAAAAGGAGCUGGGGUAGUGCAGUGGUUAAGCACUCAGCUGCUAACUGAAAGAUCAGUGGUUCGAAUUCACCGGCUGCUUCGUGGGAGAAAGAUGUGGCAGUCUGCUUCCAUAAAGGUUACAGCCUUGGAAACCCUGUGGGGCAGUUCUACUCUGUCCUAUAGGGUUGCUAUGAGUUGGAAUUGACUCGACAGCAGAGGGUUUUAUAGGUUUAAGUCCCUCUCCCUAUGGUUAUGGCACUUUGGAACUAGAAGGGGUCUUAGAGAUCCAGGAAUCCAACCCCUCAUCUGACACAUGGGGAAGCCACCAAGGCUUAGGGCCCCAUAGCUCUGGGAGACAAAGCUAGACCUAGACCCCAGGUCUCCAAACCUGUACUGCCUCGUUCAGUUAGAAAGCAACUGAUGGGGUGUGCAGUAUUCUGGACAGUCAGACACACCAUUGACAGGAGACAUCAUUGAGGAGUUGGAUUUGAGGGACAAACAAGCCAAAGGCUGUGGUUUGGGGGAAGGCCAGACUCUGCAAACCCAGCCACCUACAACAGGUGUGCAGACCUGCUCUGGGUGCCCCCCUAGGCAGGUCCUCAGCUCUCCUUGAGGGGGGCUCCUUAUCCUCAGAGGCAGCAUGGCAGCACCUCUCUGUCUUCAGGAACUUUCUUGGAAGAGGGGGAGGGUGUAUGUGCACAGGCAGGAGUGUGGAGAGCACUGAGAAGUGACCUGGGUGCCCAGGGGCCUGGGAGGGACAGGACAGUGGUUCUGAGGAGCUGGUUUAGAAUCGAGAAGUUCUGCCAUUGCAGGGGUCAUCUGAGCCUGGAGACAGGAGGUGGGCAGGCAGUAGAGCCCUUGCUCAGAACCGCCGUGAAUCGUCUUAUAGCCUGUGCACUGAGGCUGGCUGCUGGUCUGGUGCCAUGCCCUGCUCCUCACCCCCACCCCAGGGCAACCAUGGCCCCAAAGACAAACAGUGUCAGACAAUAGGCCAGCCUGGCAGGCCCCCAGGAGCCGGGCUGUGUCCCAGACACCAGGCAGAUACAAACACUGCUUGGUGUUGACUCUGUUCUGCUGUCUAUAAGGGAAGCAUUUCCCUGUCUUUUCCAACAGAGGAAAUCCUGGUGGUGUAGUGAUUAAGAGCUAUGGCUGCUAACCAAAAGGUUGGUAGUUCUAAUCUACCAGGCACUCCUUGCAAACUCUAUGGGGCUCAGUGGCAAUGGGUUUGGUUUUUGGGUUUCUCCAACUGAGACCCACUUCCUGGAGAAGGGCGAAGUGGGGCCGAUUGUGUCACACGGGGCUGCCCCUUGCUCUCCCCACACCCCUGUCCCAUACAGCAGCAAAGAUGCCUCAGAGAUGGUCAUUUCCUGAGUUCACAGUCAGAAUCACUGCAGGGGGCUUCAGCAGAAGUCUGCAAAGAUCCGGGGUGGGAGAGAGGAUUUGAGGACGAGAAAUGGCUAGCAUGGGGACCUUAGCCUUAGAGGGUGAUGAGACAGUGUCUGUUACCCUGCUGCUCCCUGUCCACAUGAUCUGAUCCUGAACUGGGCUGAAAGGGUCUUACCUAAUGCCUGAAUCUCCUAUUUUAUGUAACUUUGGUUUGGUGUCAAAAGCCAUUGGCUUUUGGGCCUGGAAUGUGUCUUGCCAGGUCAACUUCUGCAAUGUUAAUUGAGGUUGGGGGGGGAGUGGUAAUACUUUUAUUCAAGCCUGGGCACAAACACUGCCUCCCCUUCCCCAAGGUCUUGUUCAAUUUCUUCUGUGCUAAAGGGCUGAAACGGAGAAUGACAGGAAAAGUGGCUUGGGUAUUCGCCUCUCUCACUGCUCUAACCAGUUGUUGUCUAGUUGAUUCUGACUCAUGGUGACCCCACGUGUGUCAAAGUAGAACUAUGUUUUAAAUGGCUGAUUUUUUGGAAAUAGAUCACCAGGCCUUUCUUCCAAGAUGCCUCUGGGUGGACUUGAACUCCCAACCUUUUGGUUAGUAGCUGAGCAUGUUAACCAUUUGCACCACCCAGGGACUCCUCUUUUACCUCUCUAUAAUUCUAUAAUUAAUUCAGAGUUUUAGAGCCAGAAGCAUCCUCAGACAUCCUCACCUCCUACACCAUACUAAUGAGGGGCCUGGGCCCCAGAAGAGCUAGCUGGUUGUGUGGCAUCCCGGUGUUCCUUGAGUCCACUCCUCCCCUUGACUCUUAGUGUGAUGCCACAUCUAUCCAACAUGAAUUCUGUUUUGGUAUUGGCUAUGUUGACGAGUUGCUGCUAAAGUCCUGCCCUUGUCCUCCAAGAGCAUUAGGGCUGCACGCGGAGGCAGGAUGGGCCUGUGCAAAGUGCUGUAUAGCCAUACAACAGGAUCAGUGCAGCAGGAGGCAGGGGCACCAGGUGCCCACCGAUGGUAACGGGCAUCUGAACUGUGGGUGUGCAGUGGGGGAAAGGUAGCUGUGGCUGCGUCCCGGCAGGUGUAGACUUUGCUGAGUGAAGGGUGGGAAGGCAGCUCCCUGUGAUCCUGGCUGCCAAGCCCUGUGGAACAAGUCCCAGGUCUGGGCAGUGGCACCCAGGCCCUGAUCAGACCUCAGCUUUCAUUUCUCCAGCCUGAUCCCUGGGGAUGGCAUGGCAAUUCCCUGUCUCCAUUUGGGGACACCUAUCAGGAAGCUAAGGAGUCCAGUUAGCACAAUGGUUAAGUGCUUGGCUGCUAACCAAAAUGUUGGCGCUUCAAACCCACCCAGCUGCUCUGUGGGAGAAGACUUGGCAAUCUACUCUUGUAAAGAUUAUGGCCUAGAAAACUCUAUGGGGCAGUUUUAGUCUAUCAUAUGGGGACACUUUGAAUUGGAAUUGACUUGAUGACACCUGACAACAAAAACAAUCAGGAAGCCUACCUCCUCAACUCCAAUAGGGUAUCAGGAUUGAGGUACCCAAGCCCCUUCCCUUGCCAGAGCCGGGGCUCAAUAUCACCUCCCUUUCCCCUGAGCCCUGCCACCCCGUCCCCAGUGGCCUGAGAGCCUGGGGUGCGGGGAAGAACACCUUUCCCGGUAGGUGGUGUGCCUGAGAGGGAAGACUUUUGAAGUCACUCAGAGCAAUUGCAAACACUAGGAUUUGUUUUGAAAAUAGCAUCGAUCUCUUUGAUUACCAGAAAUUCUGAGGUUUAGAGUUAAACAUUAAAAAGGCAACAGAGCCUGUUGGGAACCUGGUCAGGGUUAAGACAUCAGAGAAGGUUGCCUGGAGAAAUGUACACAUUACUGAAAGCCGAGGGGUGGCACAGGGAACUUGGUUGGGAGGGGCAGUACAGUAUGUUCAAGGAGCUCAAUGAAAUCCACUCUAAUAGGUGGUAUAAGAGGCCAGAAGGAGAGCAGAAAGACUAGAAAGGGGGGCAGGGCCAGACUGUGCAGCCACAGGCAAAGGAUUUUAUUUUGAGGGCAAUGGGGAGUCACUGAAGGGUUUUAAGGACAUGAUCAGAUCUUUUUUGUUGGAAUAAUCACUGGGCCAAUGGGUGGAGAACUGAUGGAGUUGGGUGUGGUGAGAGCAGUAAUCAAGCUAGAGUGAUGGUAGCCUGACUAUGGUGCUAAAAUGGCCUUUGGAGAACCCCAGGAGACUUCCCUCUCCCGGGGUCCCCCAAUGGCAAUGCCAAUCUUCUACGCAGGCCCAGAUACUGGGAUUUGGGGGCUUCCCCUGCUUGUAAAAUACUGUGCACCAGUGCCCCAGCUCCCAGUAAGUUGCCAUCGUUAGAGAGUGGCUCUUUGGCUUAGGGCUUCCAGUUCAUGGUUAUAUGCAAGCAUCUCCUUGGAGAAGUAACUAGUUGGCCUUGGUGGUACAUAAACCUACCUGGCUGUGGGACUUGGUCUGGUCUGCUUCCCAUUUCGGAACCUCAGCUGCCUUAUCUAUACAAAAGCCAGGGAGAAGAGGAGUAUACCACCAAGGGCAAGCACAUGUGCUGAGCAAAGCCUAGUUGGCAAUGCAAGGAUGAGGAAACCUUGGAUUCUACUUGGAAUCAGAAGAUCUGAUAAGCACUAAAUCUGGGAAUUGCCCUCCUGACUCAUGUCCCAGGGUUUUCCAGGCCCCUGAAUGAGAAAAACCCUGUGAUUCCAAGGAGGUCUGGGAACCUGUGCCUUGACCCAACCUAUCUAUUUUGCCUCCCAUGAGGUGCUCUCAGUAGCUAGCUCCUGGCUCUUGACAGGGCUUUUUUCUAUGUCUCUGUACACUUGCUUGUUUGCUUCAAACUCAAUCCUUUCACUUUCAACACUUGCUUGUUUGGAAUGGAUCUAUCUCUCCCAGGAGUUACCAGAGAGAGGACCUAGGUCUUGGAGGGAAUGGCUGGGAUUCCUGAGGAGGUCACUUUAAAGGUAGAACUUUGGAGUUAGAAAGAUCUGAAUUAAAAUUCUGGUUCCAUCACAUAGUUUUGGUUUUAACCUUGAACAGGUGACUUAGCCUCAGUUUCUUCACCUGUAACCUGGAAAAGAUUAUGGUUCCUAAUGUUGUGGACACCCAACUGUCAGUUUGUCACACAGUGGUGGCUUUCAUGUUGCUGUGAUGCUAGAAGCUAUGCCACCGAUAUUUCAAAUGCCAGCAGGGUCACCUCUAGUGAGAGCUUCCAGACUAAGGCAGACUGCGAAGAAGGACCUGGCGAACUACUUCAGAAAACAUUAACCAGUGAAAACCUUAUGAAUAGCUGCAGAACACUGUCUAAUAUAAUGCCAGAAGAUGAGCCCUUCAGGUUGGAAGGCACUCAAAAUAGGACGGGAGAAGAGCUACCUCCUCAAAGUAGAGCCAAGGGUAAAGUUUUUGGGACCUUCAACUGAUGUUGUGGCAUAACUCAAAAUGAGAAGUAGCAGCUACAGACAUCCAUUAAUAAUCAGAACAUAAAAUGUACACAAGUAUGAAUCUAAGAAAACUGGAAGUCAUCAAAAAUGAAAUGGAACAUGUGAAGAUCGAUAUCCUAGGUAUUAGUGAGCUGAAAUGGACUGGUAUUGGCCAUUUUAAAUUGAACAAUCAUGUGGCUUACUCUGCUGGGAAUGACAAAUUGAAGAGGAAUGGUAUCACAUUCAUUGACAAAAAGAACAUUUCAGGAUUUACACUGAAGUACAAUGUUGUCAGUGAUAAGAUAAUAUCCAUACACCUGCAAGAAAAACUAGUUAAUAUGAUUAUUAUUCAUAUUUACAUACUAACCACUAAUGCCAAAGAUGAAGAAAUUGAAUAUUUUUACCACCUUUUGCAGUCUGAAACUGCUCAAACAUGCAAUCAAGAUGUGUUGAUAAUUACUGGUGAUUGGAAUGUGAAAGUUGGAAACGAAGAAAGAUCAGUAAUUGGAAAAUAUGGUCUUGGUGAUAGAAAUGACACUGGAGAUCGUAUGAUAGAAUUUUUACACAACUAAUGACCUAUUCAUUGGAAAUACCUUUUUCAAUAACAUAAAUGGUGACUACGCAUGUGGACUUUGCCAGAUGGAAUACACAGAAAUCAAAUUGGCUACAUCUGUGGAGAGAUAAUGGAGAAGCUUGAUACCAUCGGUCAGAACAAGGCCAGGGGCCGACUGUGGAACAGGCCAUCAGUUGGUCAUAUGCAAGUUCAAGUUGAAGCUGAAGAAAAUUAAAACAAGUCUGUGAGAGCCAAAGUAUGACCUUGAGUAUAUCCCACCUGAAUUUAGAGACCAUGUCAAGAAUAGAUUUGAUACAUUGAACACUAAGGAUCAAAGACCAGACAAGUUGUGGAAUGACAUCAAGGACAUCAUACAUGAAGAAAGCAAAAGGUCGUUAAAAAGACAGGAGAGAAAGAAAAGACCUAAAUGCAUGUCAGAAGAGACUCUGAAAGUUGCUCUUGAAUGUUGAGUAGCUAAGGAAAAAGGAAAAAAAUGAUGAAGUAAAAGAACUGAACAGAAGAUUUCAAAUUGUGGCUCAAGAAGACAAAGUAAAGUGUUAUAACGAAAUGUGCAAAGACCUGGAGUUAGAAAACCGAAAGGGAAGAACACACUCAGCAUUUUUCAAGCUGAAUGAACUGAAGAAAAAAGUCAAUCCUUGAGUUGCAAUAUUGAAGGAUUCUGCAGGCAAAAUAUUAAAUGAUGCAGGAAGUAUCAAAAGAAGAUGGAAGAAAUACACAGUCAUUGUACCAAAAAGAAUUGGUCAAUGUUCAACCAUUUAAGAACUGGUAGUAUUGAAGGAAGAAAUCCAAGGGGCACUGAAGGCACUGGUGAAAAAUAAAGCUUCAGGAAUUGUUGGAAUACCAAUUGAGAUGUUCCAACAAAUGGAUACAAUGACGAAAGCACUCACUCAUCUAUGUCAAGAAAUUUGGAAGACAGCCACCCGGCCAACCGAAUGGAAGAGAUCCAUAUUUGUGCCCACUUCCAAAAAAGGUGAUCCAACUGAAGGCAGAAAUUAUUGGACAAUAUCAUUAACAUAACACACAAGUAAAAUUUUGCUGAAGGUCAUUCAAAAACAGUUGCAGUGGUACAUCAACAGUGAACUGCCGGGAAUUCAACCUAGAUUCAGAAGAGGACAUGGAGCAAGGGAUAUUAUUGCUGAUGUCAGAUGGAUCUUGGCUGAAAGCAGAGAAUAUCAGAAAGAAACUUACCUGUGUUUUAUUGACUAUGCAAAGGCAUUUGACUAUGUGGAUCAUAACAAAUUAUGAAUAACAUUUCAAAGCAUAGAAAUUCCAGAACACUUCAUUGUGCUCAUGUGGAAACUGUACAUAAACCAGGAGACAUUGUUGGAACAGAACAAGGGGACACUGCAUGGUUUAAAAUCAGAAAAUGUGUGCAUCACAUUGUAUCAUUUCACCAUACUUAUUCAAUUUGUAUAUUGAGCAAGUAAUCCAAGAAACUGGACUAUAUGAAGAAGAAAGCAGCAUCAUUAACAACCUGCAAUAUGCAUAUGAUACAACCUUCCUUGCUGAAAGCAAAGAGGACUUGAAGCAUUUACAGAGGAAGAUCAAAGACUGUAGCCUUCAUAUGGAUUAUACAUCAACAUAAAGAAAACAAAAAUACAACUGCACCAAUACGCAACAUCGUGAUAAACGGAGAAAAUAUUGAAGUUACCAAGGAUUUCAUUUUCCUUCAUCCACGAUCAAUGUCCAUGGAAGCAGCAGUCAAGAAAUCAAAUGGCACAUUGCAUUGGACAAAUCUACUGCAAAAGACCUCUUUAAAGUAUUAAAAAGCAGAGAAGUCACUUUGAGGGCCAAAGUGCACCUGACCCAAGCAUGGUGUUUUCAAUCGUCUCACAUGCAUGCGAAAGCUAGACAAUGAAAGGAAGAUCAAAGAAGAAUUGAUGCCUUUGAAUUGUGUGUUGGCAAAGAAUAUUGCAUAUACCAUGGAUUGCCAGAAGUAUGAACAAUGCUGUCCUGGAAGACGUACAGCCGGAAUGUUCGUUAGAAGUGAGGAUGGUGAGACUUCGUCUCACAUACUUGGACACGUUAUCUGGAAGGACCAGUCCCUGGAGAAGAACAUCAUUCUUGGCAAAGUAGAGGGUCAGGGAAAAAGAGGAAGACCCUCAACAAGAUGGAUUAACACAGCUGCUGCAGCAGUGGACUCAAACAUAGCAAUAAUUGUGAGGAUGGCACAGGACUAGGCAGUGUACAUAGGGUUCUGUUGUACACAAUGUCGAUGUGAGUUGGAACCAACUGGACAGCACCUAACAACAAGAACAGCAGGUGUGUGGUGAGGGCUAAUGAGGUAACAGAUUGCAGUUGCUGGGGCUAAUGCUUGGCAUAUGUUAGGGAGCCAACAGUACUAGCUUUUUCUUCUCCAGCUCGGGAGCUGGGAGACUUUGGUGCUCAUUAAGUUGCUCUGGGCUGAGCUGGGCUGGGCUGCCCAGAUUGGGUGGGGCCAGUGUCAUACCCUUAGAGCCAGUACUCAAGGUGAUUGAUAAUAGGGAUUUGACUUCUUAGGUUCUUAACUUUCUUUCUAGCCUGAUGAAAGACCUUGUGCUCUUCAGUACUACAAGAGAGUGCAACUAGAUGAACGCCAAGACCCAUGCUGGGGAAGGGCCUUCUUCACUGACCAUGAUGACCACGAUGGUCUCUAGUAAAGCUAUCCCUGAAGCGGAGGUCUCCUGAAAGCCAGGUUAGGGCUGCUCGCUGCUCUGUGGCAUUCCAGGCUGGCUUGACGGUGUCUUAAACAUGACACUCUGGCUUCUUCCUACUCAAGCUGUUCUCCUACACGUGGAAUGCCACAUGUACUCUUCUCCUGCUGCCUAGAAAAAUCACCCCUAGACUUUAAAGCCAAGCUACACCACAAUACUUUGUUAUUUCAGGAGUGUAAAGAACCUGGGUUUUGGCAUCAUUUAGUUAUUGCUUAAACCUUGGAUCCGCCUCCAAUUUGCCUGUGAUCUUGAGACUGUUAGCCAAUCUUUCUGAGCCUCAGAUUCCUUGUGUAUACCGUGGUGCUUAGUUUGUAUUGUUCUAUAUUGGCCGGCCCUUUCGUACCUACAUGUCUUUGCACAUGCUGUUUCCUAUGCUUGGAAUGCUGGUAUCCCCUCUCCCCCAGCAAGAUCCACCUCCCAUGUCUCUGCCUUUGCCAAGCCUUGGGGAGCUUAUUCCCACGUACAGAACUCUGCACUCUUCACUGUGUUGCUUUGGCCCUGUAUGCUCCUGGAGCUUCUCAACAUGUGUCAGGACCCUCAUUUUUGUUGGGAACAGACCCACCUUUACACAGCAGGUAAACAGACUCUCUGCAUAGUAUGUCUGACACAUUGUAAAGCCUUGGAUAAUGGGAUGCACAGGGGACAAGCCCUUGAGUAGCCCUUCUUUGCAGCUUACUGAGCCCCACUGGGUACUUACUGAAGGGCCAUGGAUAGACCCUCAGAGAGAACACCCUUGUGUAAGAAUUUGAGGAUAUAGAGGCGUGGAUGUGUGUGUGUGUGUAUGCCUAUUUAUGCACACACACAUACACACUCAUACAUAGACACACACGCACACUCACAUAUACAUUGUACAUACAUGUAUAAUCUGUCUAUCUAUCAUUGAGAUAAGUGCUUGGGGAUGUGGGAAAGGGUCUCGGUUUUUAAACCCAGAGAAAUGAACUUAAAACAGAACCCUGUUCCAGGAGUUUGUCAGUACUCAGGACAGAGGAUGUGGGAGGCAGCUGUUCCUGUCCCAGCUUUUAGGCAAUAGACAAAAGGUGGUAUCAGCCCAUAAGGGCUGGCUCUGACUCAGUAGGGAACAACCAGAAAAGGAUCAGAAGUGAUCAACUCACAUGGCUCUGGGCUCUACAGUCAAAUUCCUGAUAAUCCUUUGUAUGUGUAGCCACAGACAUCUGCCUUUCCUUUUCUCUCUGAGUGACUCAAACCCCCCUAUGCCACCUUCCAUGAAGCCUGCAAAAGGAGAACCUCAAAGUCAAGGUCAUCCUGGGAAUGUGUUAAGAGCUACAUCUUCUGGAUUCUCUGUUACAUGGCCUGGAUCAGGACUGAACCUCUGUUCCCCUUGUUAUUACUCUUGCUCAAGCAGCUCUGGUGUACUCACUGUUCAGUGUUAAUCCUGAACCACCCACUGCAACUCACUUGGCCUCAUGCUGUUGUAUCUUACUCUCAGCUGUCAUGGUGCCCAACAUGGAUCACUUGCUCUCUCAAUUUUUAAAUUUGUCUUGCCUUUGAAUUUGGUACAUGCUGUUGUCUUCUGGGCUUUGACUCCUCUCCACGAUGGUGAUGACGAUGAUGUUAAUGGUGAUACUGGCUCAGUGAUAGUGAUGCCUCACUCUCUGUUCCAAAAACACUAUGGAGGAUGUCUUGGGCAUACCUCUGCUGGUUUGACCAGUCUCUGGAGCCCUACUACCACUUCUACUUAGCUGGUCUCAGCUUUCCAGAUGCGGCCUGCACAGUUCCCAUGGGCAGAGGGAGGACCAUGGGAGCAAAAUGUGGGGAGGCAGUAGACAUAUGGCACUCUUUGGUUCUAUCUCCAAGCUCUUCAUGGGACUGGCUACUUUGCUUUCCCUUCUUUAUAUCCCCAGCUUUUCUGCAGCACUUAUAAAAAUAUUCCUGAGCUAGGGCAGAGGUAAGAGGGGUGGUCGUGGUGGGGGGGAUUGGUUUCUACCUGUAGCUCAUCAAAGUUAUGUGUAUGAUGGAUACUACGAGUGAAAAUUGAUCCAUUUGUUAUAGGCCAUGUGCUGAACAUUUGUGGUUCUUCUCCUCAGCAUCCAUUCCCUCAUCUAGCAAUAGCCCUCCCACCCCCUUAAGUCAAUCUUAAGUUGAGUUUUCUAUCACUUGCAACCAAGAAAGUCCUGACGGAUACAGUCCUGUGACCUUUGGGUCAAAAUCACUUCAUCAAUAUUCUCAAAGGUCACACGACUUUGAAGUGUUUAUUUUGCUCCUCAAGUUGUGGGCCACUUGGUCCUUGCAUUAUGAUCAACUCUCUGAUUCACACUGUGUUGAUACUGUCUUUAAACCAUUCUUUGAAUUUAUCUGGGGUCUGUAAGUCCAAAGUUAGAAAUUCUUAACCCAGGGCUAUCCCAUAGGAACCGACAGAUUGAGUAUUUAGUGUUGCUUGGUAUAAUUCCUUGAACUAGUUUGGGAGGAGUUUUUCAUCAUCUAUCGAUUCCUGGGAUUCUUUUACACUGUUGGGUAGGAGGUGGAAGACUUCUGGUCACCUGUGCUCCCUGUCCCAGGGCACAGCUGGCCUUAUAUGUAUUUCAAAGAGGACAGAAAAUCACAUUCUCACAACUGUUCCCUGGCUGGGUAUAUAGCACAACACAGUCAUCAUCACCAAAGGCAACUGAGUUCAUAGCCCCAGUCCGAACUGUCCCUGAACAGGAGCUGUUGCCACCCAGUGAUUUAUUUCAUGGCUAAGCCUUCCGGAAAAUGGAUUUAGAAGUUGUUGGAAUGUGCUUGUAUUUUUGUGUGUUGGGCUUUUGGGACAUUCCUCUUUGACCUAGUUGGCAAAAUGAAACCAGAUGUGCUGAGAGCAUGGGUCAUUUGGCCUGCCAGCUUUCUGCACCCACUUUCUGCCUCUUCAUGUUGCUGUGGAAAGUUGAGCCUUACAAAACCAUGCAACAGUGACUGGGCAUGAGCCCCUACAAAUUUGCCUAUAAUUUUUGUAAAAUGGUACGUGUGAACGUGGGUCCAGUGAAAAAUGAAGGCGCAUCAUGGUCAAGCGUAUGAGCCCUGGGAUCUGUAGAACUAUGCUCUUUAUAAGCUGUGUGAUUUGAGGAUGAAAGGAAUAUCUGGGACUACGUUUCUUUCAACUUUCCAAGCCCAGCUGGGGUGUUGUCAACUCCCCAAAUUCCUCCAUCUUCUUUUCCCAUUUAUGAACUUUCCAGUCUGUUAAUUAUACCAUAUGGCAGGAUGUAUUCCAGAUCCUUCUCUUACUAUAUUAUUUGAUUUUUUUGUGUGUAGGGGAAGAUCUAUGAAAGCCAUCCUUCACUCCCUAAUUAGCCUGAAACUGCUGGGCAGGUUUAGACUGUGCCUGACCCCUCUAUGUAGCAACCUGGCACCCAGCACAGCACCCUGCAUAUAGAGGGCAUUUGAUAUGGCUUUUUAACCCUGGGCCCUUGCUGUCAUGAGUGUAGGAGUGACCAGUGGGGUGUGAGGGAAGGAUCUGAGGGCAGAUAUUAGAUGUGGGAGGGGAAGCGUGGUUGGGUGGCCAGGAAAGAGGGUAGGUGGCCAGUAAGGGAAGUAGGCAACAUCUCUGCCCCAUUGUCCAAGGUGUGUUCGUGUCCCCACUGGCUGUACUGAGCCCUAAGUAGAGUGAACCUGGCUUGAGGUGGAGCUGGAAACUUGGGAGCAGGAACACCAUCAGCUGCUUAAACAAGGUGAAUUGGUUUGUGGGUCUGAGGCCCUUCCUCUGGGCCUGCCCUUCCCCUCAGCUAGCCCUUUAGAUGGUCUGUGACCUGGCCCUUGGGCUGUGAGUGCCAUGGAGGGGCUAUGGCCAAAGAGCAGUGGGCAAAGGGCUCACCCUUGCCCUUCCUGGACAGAGUAUGGAAAGCAUCUGGUGUUUGUCCCUGAUCCUCCUUUGUCUACGGGCUUAUCCUAAGGAUCUCACAGAUGCAGCUGCCUUGAUCCCUACUACCUUCACCCAAGCCUGCCCUCUGUUCCCUCCCUAGGUCCCAGCUCAUUGGCACCAUACUCAGUUGACAGGGGAAGAAAUUUAUAGCUCAUCAGAGGAGGGGACAUCCCGCCCCUCAACGUGGGGGUCUCUUGGAUGUCAGAAUCCCAGUCUUGCCUGUGUGCUUGUGCAUGUGUGAAUGAGUGUGUGUGUGUAUGUGUGCCUAUAUGUGUGUAUUCGUGUGUGUGUAUUUGUGUAUGACAGGGAGAGAGAGAGAGAGAUACUGAUUUAAGACUGGACAGGAAUAGGGGGCAGAGAACUAGUGGAAAGUCACAGAAAACACUUGCCCCCUGCUCUCCCACCACCAGCCCUGUGGUUGUUUCCUGUUUUGGGCACAAGGAGGCUGUGAAAUCCAGAGAGCUGAGGUGCCAGGACUGCUAGCUUCCAGGACUGAGCAGUCUAUUUUGAAGAGAAGAAAUCAACAUGCAACAGCAGCUCCCCGCUAGUUACAAGUAUGUGGACUUACAUAGGCAGCUGGGACUGGUCACCUGAGCCAAGCUACUGGCAACCAUGAAAGGAGAUCGUGAUCCUCCCAUUUACUAUCUCUGUGACUUGAACAUAUCAUCUCUUCUUUCACUGUCUUAACUUACUCAUCUAUAAAAUGGGUAUCCUAUGACUGACCCCACAGGUAAGUCAAAUGAGAUUACAGGUGAGUCACCUCUUUGCAAACCAUAAAGCUAAGGUUAUGAUGAACAUGGCAGAUGACAGAACACAGGACCCCUACCCCCAACUCCACUGAAGUGCUGUGGGUCUGCAUAGGGGUGGGGAGGAGACAGGAAAGUCUUCUCAGAGGAAGACAGUUUGCUCCCCACAAGAGUCUUGGAUCUUUGUCCUUUUGCACUGGGCCACAGGAAACCAGGAGUUCAGUGGGGCUUUGGGGUGCUAAGAGCAGAUGACUGAAGUAACUGGAAAAAACAGGCAGUGGGACCAGGAGCCUGGUGGCCUCAGAUUUAUCCAAUUGCUUCUGUCUGGCCUCAGAGCUGGGUUCUUUCCAGAUAGCAGCAGGAACCACUGAGGUCCUUGGGCCUUCAAGGUGGAUUUUUUUUUUUUUAAUGGAGGCGACGUUUGGGGACUUAGUAAGAGAACCAGCCCUCUGGCAUUGUCUCACUCUCGGCUGCCCCUAAAAAUACAACGUGAUGUGGCUAAUGAGAAAGAACAACAGGUCUGGCUCAGCAUGACCUAAUAUAGCCUGGCAUUCGAGCUCGAGGCAGGACGUCAAUGGGGCCUGGUAAAUGAAUGCACAAGAUAGAUGUCUCUCUAAUGGAAUGGCAGGGGAGCCUACCACCAUCUCUGAGGAAGGUGUGCCAUGGAGGUCUGACCAACAUCCCCAAGGGGACACUCCUGGAUUUGCCAGUGUGGGUGGGGUUGAGGCCUGGCUGAGAGUACUUUGUCUUGGAACCUCUUGCCCACUCCUCAGCUACAGUCAGCAUCAGGUUGAUCAGUGGGACUGGCUGUUACAGGGAGGAGCUGUGGGCCCGUUGCCACCAGGGGUCAUGGAUUCCAUCACUUGUCCUCUUGGAGAGGAGCAUGGACCAGCCUCCCCUGCUCCCCAGCCUAUGAACAGCCUUUCUAGCCUGGCUUUGGCCCUACAUGGCAUCUCUGGGAGACUCUGGCCAGGCCCUCCCACCUCAAACAGUGGACUGAUGCCAAUGUCUAGCGUGGAAGCACUAUGAGGCAAACCCUAAGGCUUGUUCUUCCUCUUCCUCCUCCUUCUCCUGCAUAGACAUGGGUCUAAUGGGUCAGCCAAGAAGCUGAGGGACUUUAAUGCUGCUCUGGGUUGACUUGUGACUCAGGUCUGUGGAAGAGAAGGGGACAGAGCAUGGGAGGUGAGAAGCAAGGCUGGCAGUGGGGAUGAUGUCCUAGUGGCUGCCUUAUAUGGUAACCCACUCAUCCCUGUUUGCCCAGAACCGCUCUGGUUUGGGCACUGAAGACUGCAUUCCAGGAAACCACACAGUCCCUUGUGAACCUGAAUGGCUGGCCACCCUACCACCUCAACACCCCAAAACGUGGUAUGGCAGCCCUGUGCUCUCUGGACUGGUGUCCCAGGUAACUUACCCAAAGUCACACUGCUGCUAGAAUCCAGGGCCUCUGGCUCCAAGUCCAGGGUUCUUUGCUGCCAGCCCACAUGCCUCAGGUUGUGCCAAGAGGCAGAGUACCUGGGUCUUUCCAAUGAUCUUAGCCAGGAUCUGUCCUCAGGAUGGAAGUGGUGGUGAAAUAGCAGAAAGAGGGAGGAGGAGGUGAAUUGGUCAUCUUUGGGGGAUCAAAGAGUAGUACCCUACGGCCUACAGGGGCUCAGGGCAGUGGGGCUCCAAGAGGAAAAAGACUCAAGCCCUGCACCUAAGCAUUUGACACUCUGGUUUGCAGGCUUGCCCACAGGUUCCUGGCACAGGUGCCAGACCAUGCCAGAUACAUGCGCCAGGGACAAUCAAUAAAGGGUGCGGCUUAUCAAGAUCACAUUACUCUAACUUCCCUUACAGGAUUUAUUGUUCAACAAAUAUUUAUUGAAUGUCUGUUCUUAAACAUGUUGUUCCCUCUGUUUGGAACACACUCUGGCCUUUUCCCCUUCUUUUCUUGCCUGCUUCCUCGACUCAAUUCCAUCCAUUCUUCAGGUCUCAGCUUAAUAUGUAAUAUUUACUGAAUGCUUGGUACAAAGCAGGCACCAUUUUAAGCACUUUGCAAAGCAUAACUCUUUUAAUGCCCAUGAAAACCUUAUGAAGCUAUUACUCCCAUUUUAAAGACGAGGUAACUGUGUGGUUAAUCAGCUUGCCCAAGGUCAUAGGGCUCUUAACUCUUAGGCUAGGCUGGAGGGCUUUUCCAGACCCCUACCUGCCUGCUCUUAAGACCUCUUAUUCCCUGUUGGAGCAUUUAUCACAGAGGCCUGCAACACCCAGUCUCCUUAUCUGUUUCCUCCAUGAGCCUGAGUUCCAGCAGGACAGUGACCCUCACUACUGAGUCCCUGUUGUUGUUGGUAUUGGUUGCCUUUGAGUCCAUUCUGACCCAAAACAACCCCAUGUAUGCAGAGUAGAACUGCUUCAUAGGUUUUUAAGACCGUGAUCUUUUGGAAGCAGAUUGCCAGGCCUGUAUUCCAAGGCACCCCUGGGUGGGUUCAAACUGCCAACCUUUCAGCUGGUAGUCUAGUGCUUAACCACUUCUGCUACCCAGGGAUUCGCCUUGCUGUGUCUGUAGUUUCUGGCAAGUACCUGACACUUGGAAGGAGCUCUGUAAACAGCUGUUGAAUGAAUAAAUGCAUGAAUUGAUGAAUGAAUGAAUGAUUCAAUCUCGGCAACCAAAGGAGCUCUGAGGCUGGGGUCCUCUGAAGGCUUUUGUGGCAUCAUCGUGCCCCCCUCCCCACUGGCAGUACUGAACCAAGGGGUCCUUGAGAAGGAGGGUGAAUGCAACCCUUCUUUCUGGAAUACCAAGACAACUGCGAGAUCGGGGAACGAACAGAUUUUUAAACCCCAAAACAAACCUGGACACCUUCUGGAGUAGAGUGAGAUAUUAUCAUGAAUUCUUAGGGUAAAACUGAAGUUCUAAAGAAAUUUCAUGCUGUGGUGGUCUCUAUAGGCAAGUCUUGCCUCUUCCUCCCCAAACCCCCACAACACUGCAAAUUUUCCUCUACUGUUGGGGGUGCUUUGGUGAAAAAAUUUGAGAAAUUCUGCUAGGAGGAGUGGCCAGAACUCAGGGGGUGGAGCAACUUGAAUCCGUGUGGGGAAGAGAGAGGGCAUUGCCACCCCCAGGCAGAGCUGUGCACCAGGAAAGGUGCGGUGAUGGGGAUCUCUCCGUGCUGGGAGAGCCAUCAGCCAUCAGCCACUGCGAAUGGCUAUGAGCGUGCCAAUAGCUGUUGAAAUAAAUGCUUUGUAGCCACAUCCUGAAGUACCACUACAGCUUCUUGGAAAACCACUAUUUUUAGUCUCUUUCACUCAAGAAAAUGCCAUCUCUUUCCUCUCCACCAGCCAACUCAUUGUUGAUCUUGCCCAGUCUUAAAACCUUGUUCUCCUUUUUAGCUCAGCCAGGGAGGGAGCCAAUCGGUGGUAGGGUGGAGUUCCUCUGUCCAUUUCUAUUUUCACGUCUUGUGUCACUUGUACACAUGGGAAAAAUCAAGACAUUUCCCCACUUUGGAGCUCUGUGUAACCUGUCUUUGCACUUGUGAGGGAUAUGAUUCCUUGGAUCACACAGGGGGUGGAUAUGAAUGAAACAAUGUCAGGACUCAGGGCUCCAGGCGCUUGAAGUUGGCAUGGCUGGGGCUUGCCCUCACCCUUGACCUUGUUUAUUUCAGAAAACGUUUCCAAGGAGAAGAAGAGGAACCGGUGCCUCCUACAGCAGCAAGGAGCGGAGAAGAGUGGCAUGUUCUUCAUGGAGGAAUUCACUCUCCUUCAACAGGGAUGCUGGGAAAGGCUCAGGCAGGCGCAGCUGUUUGCACUUUUCAAGAUGCUUUUCUUUCCUUGAUCUCUCGUGAUACCUGCCAUGAUACCUGAGAAGGGUAGACCAGUAGUCUGAGCCCCAUGGAUUUAGGAAGUUGGAGAGCCAGUAUUAGUGUCCACAACCAGAAGGGUGUAGUGACUGAUGCUGUGGUCUAGGGGCUCAGACAAACAUGAGUGCGUGUCCAGGUUUUUCCAUUUAUUGGUUGGGUGUCUGCACAGUCCUGUAUCUUCUUGUGCCUCAGCUUCCUCAGCUGUAAAAUGGGGUUAAUACCUAUCUCUGAGGUUGGGUAAGGCUUAAAUUAGAUAAUGAAUGUUGAGUGUGAGCUCAGGGCCUGGUAGGUAGUAAGUGCUGUCAAGAAAUGACGGCUAUUAGUGAUACAAGGAACACUUCUGUUUCUGAUUGCUAAUAUACCAUCCCUUUGUGUAAUGUGACUAAUUGCUUCCCCUCCCCCCGUGCCAUAGGGUCCCCAUCUUUUAUACUUUUCAACAUACAGCCAAGGAAGCUGGGUGGGAGCUACUUGUUCUUUCAAAUAUUUAUGGCAAAGGUAGGCACCUGCCUGCUUUGAUGUCACUGUACUUGCUUCUGGAUUUGCUGAGACAUCCUUUGUCCUUUCAGCAGCGAAGGAUGAUAAGAAGAGCUGGCUGCAACAGCUUGGGGUCUGACCUGGUAUUGUCCAGGCGAUUGCUGGCAGCGAUGAGUCUGUGGCUUCUAGACCAGAAUCAUCUCGUCCAUAGCUGGACCAGUAUUAAGGGGUGGGCAGCUGCCUGAUGUCCCAUCUAUUUAAAAAAAAAACAAAACCCAUUGCCAUUGAGUCGAUUCAGACUCAUAGAGACUCUAUAGGACAGAGUAGAACUGCCCCAUAGGGCUUCCAAUGAGAGUCUGGUGAAUUUGAACUGCUGACUUUUUGGUUAAAACUGUUCUUAACCACUAGGCCACCACCAGGGUUUCCAUCCCAUCUAUAGGGGACACAAAUAUCCUGCUAGAAAUGUCAUGUGUUGGAGAGAAUUAUAUUUAUUUGAGAUGCUUUCAGGGAAAGUUCUAUAAAAUUGAGAGUUUUUUUUGGAUAAGCUGUCUGGGGUACAGCAUGGUCUCAAAGGGGCGUUUGCCAAGAGCAUAGGCUAGUCUCUGAUCUGCUUUCGGCUUGCUGGGUACGUUUGUGAGUUUGGGGCUAGGGCUCAAUGGCUUGGGGCAGUGGAGGAGAGGCUGAGGUCAACCAUCCUGGGUUCUCUCCAAUCCCCUCUGAGCUCACAGGAAGUUGUUCUCUAAGGGAUGGCUAAUUAUUUGCCAGACUAAGGCAACCACAUUUUUGGCUAGUACCUGCCGGGGCAGCAUCAGCCUCGAGGUCCUGGUGUCUGACAUAGUGGGCGCCAUAGAGAGACCUGGGUGCUGUGACCCAGGAAACCCCUUCCUAGGAGACAUGGGGACCUCCCUAACUGGAAUCCUGGGACAAGCAGGAAGGCUGGUGAGAAAAGAAGGUGGAAGGUGGGAGGGGAUGAGUGUGUGGUUCUCCAGCUUGUGUGUUGUCCUCAGGAGUGUCAGCCCCAACCUGGAGGUGCCUGCAAUGGGUGUGGGUCCUAGCACAUGUUUGGGGAGCUCCCUGAGUGGGUUCCCAGCUGCUGGGCUGAGCUGAUCACACCGAGAGGAAACCCUCUCCUGCCAAGAUUUCAGGUGGCCCAGGAGGCAGGCCGGGGCAGGGGGCUGAGACGGUAGUAUGCCCCCUGAGAGCCACUGAACCAGAGGCAGAGGCUGGAGGGAGGCCGACCUAGCUCCCUCAGUCCUACAGGAAUCUACUUGCAAUGUCAUGGGCCUGGGGGGUGACUGUGGGCUGAAUGUUGGAUCACUGCUCCCCCAUGGGCAGAAGCCUCCUGUUUAACUUCUCAGUAGAACUAGCAACGUCUCCCCCUGCCCGGUAAGAAUGACUGCUGGCUCCAGGUUGCUUGGCCUCCUCACGGACAAGGAAAACAAACCCAAAUCCGUCGCUGUUGAGUCGAUUCCAACUCAUAGCGACCCUGUAAGACGGAGUAGAACUGCCCCAUAGGGUUUCCAAGGCUGUAAUCUUUAUGGAAGACCUCCUGGGGGGUCAAAACACUGAAUUUUCCGUUAUCAGCUGAGUGCUUAAUCACUGCGCCGUUCAUUGGCUCAUUCACUGGCGAGCAAGGUUGUCAAAUUGGACGUCUAGCUCAUUUCAUCUGGAUACUCCCUGGAGCCAAUGAACUGAAACCCCAAAGAGCCCUUGUGAGUAGAGGCCCUGCUGGGUGCCAGAGGCCCUAUUAAAGCCAUUCCAAACCUGUUGCCAUGGGCUCGAUUUUGACUCAUAGUGACCCUAUAGGAUGGAAUAGAAUUGCCUCAUAGGGUUUUCAAGGAUCAGCUGGUGGAUUGGAACUGCCAAACUUUUGGUUAGCAGCCGAGCUCUUAACCACCUCACCACCAGGGCUCCAGGGGUCCUGUUAGAAGGCUUCUAAUGCACAGGGCCUUUAAUCCUCCCAACACACCCUCAAAGUCAGUAUUAGAUUCCCCAUUUCACAGAGAAGGAUCCUGAGGCUCGUAUAAAGGGCUCAUCCCCAAGCUGGCUGGAGACUCUGCCCUGGUCUGGAAGGACCCUCCCAUGGGCUCUUACAGCUUCAGUGUUGCUAAGGAAUGAAGUUUCUGUCUGUGGGGCAGCCCUGUCUGCUGUGUCCUGGCUAUGCCUGGUUAGCAGUACAUUCCACCACAGGUCAGGGCACUUCAGACUCACAGACCCCGGCUGCUUUAGGUGUGGGGAGCUGGGUUGCUAACCCCAGCCUGGGGAUGGGCCUUCAGCCUGCUUGGGACCAGUCGUUGUGAAAGGGCUGCAAACAGGAAGCUGUUUGUAGUGCUUUGUGAGGAGAAAGGGGGGUGAUCAGAGAGAGAGGGCACCUCAGCAUCUGGCAGGCUGUUCUGAAGCUGGGAUUUGGUGGUGGUGUGGAAGGGGACACAGGGGCCAGUGUCACUUCCAUUCUGCUUCUUGGGUUGAGCUGGGAGGCAUGAGAAGGGAAGGCAGGCCCUGAGCAAAGGUUGAAUACAGAGGAGGGAGGAUCAAAAGUUCGUGUGGUAUUUGCUUGUCCCAUUUGCCUACCAAAGGCCCUGGGAAGCUGACUGGCAGCCGAGCACUCUGGAUCUUCAACAGGACUUGAGUGCUACCUUCAUUCCACAAUUCCUGACUGGGAGAGGGCCAGGGGAAGAGGUCACACAGACUCUCACCUCCUUCCUGUCAGGGGCACAGCCUGCCUGGCUGGCACCAGACCAGGAAUUUGGUGGUCCCACCUGGUUAGGAGCCCUCGCCAGAGGACUUCUUGUGUACACCGAACUUUGCAACUGCUGUCUCCUUCUGCAGUCAAAAGCAGAAAUUGGAAGGCAAGGUCUGCGGUGGCAAGGCCUUGGAAAUUGCUUAUAAUAUUCAAGUGUAUGGCAGAGAAAGUGACAGGUUUAUGAUGAUUGCUGUGUAAUUCUGCUGCUUUGUGGGAAAAUUAAUCCCAAGGUCUUUUUUUUUUUUUCUUUCUUUCUUUCCAAAUAGCGCUUCCUCAAGGUCGUGAACUUGAUUCUUCCCCACCAACUCCUGAUACGUAUUUUGACUGUUACUUCUUGGGAACUUUACAUCAAGCUUCCCUUGCUGAUGCUGCUUGGUUUAGACUAACGUCAAUGUUCAGCUUUAUUUCCCAGGGUCAGAAUGUCAAACAUGCUUCAUCUCAUGUGCUCCCUUCAGAUAAACAGCGGUUGGCUACUCAGGGCUAGGAAGGAAUCUAUGGCCAAGUCCAGACUCAGUAGAGAAUAGUACCAUGAUUGAUUAGCAAUGCCUGCCAUGGGCAUGGGACAGAGGAGUGGUGGCACCUGUGCUAUUUCUGUUUUAGGGGAUUCAAUUAAAAUUUCCACCCCUGCCUGUCCAAUCUGUUGUCAUGAGACCUUGAAGAUAAAAAUCAAUCCUCUUAUACUACGUCCAGUACAGCUUCUUCCACGCUCGAGCGUGGUCCAGCCUCCACACAGCUGCCGGUUAGCUUUCUACAAAAUAGACACCAACAGCUCCCGCUGCCUACAGAAACUCAGGUGGCCUUUCAAAAUCUGGAUUCAGCUUUCAUCCCUAGCCUCAGCAAUGCCUAUGCACACUUCUACAUACGCACCUUAUGUUCUAGGCAGGUUGAACUUUUUUUUCACUGUUUCCUGAAUCCAUGGUGCCCUUUCACACUCCUAGGCAAUCCCUGAGUGGCACAAUUGAUUGAGUGCUUGACUACUAACAGAAAGAUUGGAGAUUUGAACACAUUUGGAGGUGCCUCGGAAGAACGGCCUGGGGAUCUGCUUCCAAAAGGUCACAAACUCAAAAACCCUACGGAGUUCAGUUCUACUCUGAAAACACAUGGGCUCACCACGAGUCAGAAUCAACUUGACAGCAACUUUUUUUUUUUUUUUUUUCUGGUUUUGAUUUUUAUACCUCUCUCUUAGUUACUGAGUGCAGCCUGUAACAAAAAUACCACAAAUGGGUGGCUUUAAAGAAGAGGAAUUUAUUAUCUCAUAGUUGCGGUGUCUAAGGUCCAAACCAGGGUCUCAGCUGUGUCAAUUCCUUCUGUGAGCCUCUCUCCUAGUUUCUGCUGUUUGCUGGGAAUCCUUGGUGUUCCUUUGCUUGUAGACAACACUUACAUGGCGUCUGUCUUCCCCCUGAGUGUAUGUCCUUACCUAUUCUGCUCUUUUUAUAAGGCAUCACUUAGAAGUGAUUAAUUUUAGGACCCCCUAUUCUGGCAAACCUCAUUAACAUAACCAAAGAAAACCCCUAUUUCCAAACAGGGUCAUAUUUAUAGGUACAGGGGUCAGAGUUUCAACAUAUAUCUUGGGGGGACAAAAUUCAAUCCAUAACAACCUUCAUGCAUUUGCACAUGCUGUUCCAUCUGCCUGGAACAUCUUUCCCUUUCUCUUCAUCUUUUAAGAUGUUGCUAAUACGCCACUUCCUCUGGGAAGCCUUCCCUGAUUCCCCCAGGGACCUCUGGUCCCUUCCUCAUCUGUUUUCCUGUGGCAUUCUGCACAUUAUUAUGGUACAUAGAUUUAUAAACACACAACUACAGAUGCAGCAAUCUGUUUCCCAAUAGACUGUUGGCCUCCAGAGGCCAGGGACCAGGGCACUGUGUGACUCAGACCUGUAGGCCCAUCAUGGUCCACAGAAGGGGCUGGGUAGAGCUUUAUGGAGUGAAUCAGUGUGAGGAUGGAUGAACUCCAGAGUGUGUCGGGAAGUGAUUUGAAUUUUGAUUCCUGUUUGUUCUCACCUGCCAAGGACAUGUCUUAAACCACCCUUGCUGUAAUGAGAGGCGAGGAGGGAGAGCUUGAUAAAACGUCUCUAUUUUGUGUUUGGAAUUAAAAAAGGGAAAGCUGAGAUGAAACAGUGCUUGUUUCUUGCCAUUGGUGUCACAGCUGAGUUGGCUUUUCCAGGCGGGGCUUGCGUCUCUAAUCCUCCCUUCGGGAGUCCAGGGACAGGGAAGUGGUAUCCUACUGGAUCUGUCAUGGAAGGCAGUCCACUUGUGGCAAUGGGACAGAGGUGGCCAUUGGUGGCCAGAGGAGAGUGGGGAUGGUUUCACAGAGGAGGAGAGGCCACGGCCCAGACUCAAAGGAGGAGUGAGAGUGUGUCAGGGGUAGAGGCAAGGUGAAGGUGGCUGUUCCCAGGCCAAGGAAUGCCAUGCGCAGGGGCCUAGAUCUGUGUGCGCCAACUGCCACCACACAGAAAGCUUCGAGCGUGUGGGCAGUCUCCACUGCUCUUCUCCUCAGCCAGAGCACCAGCUCGGUGAAGCUGAGCCCUCUCCUGUGCCCAGCACGGGCAGGGCACUGUGUGUGUAUGUUGGCGGCGGGGUGGUGUGGAACAACACGUAGCUUUCACUGGUGGUUGAUUUUACUUUCUCUUGGUGGCAUCUUGGAGUCCCAGGUGGUGCAAAUGGUUAGUGCACUUGGCUGCUAACCAAAGGUUGGUGGUUCAAGUCCACCCAGAGAUGGCUGGGAAGAAAGGCCUGGUGAUCUACUUUGGAAAAAUCGACCAAUGAAAACUCUAUAGAGCACAGUUCUCUGACACACUUGGGGUCACCAUGAGUCAAAAUUGACUCAAUAGCAACUUUUUUUUCUCCUUGGGGGGUGCAGAACCUUGACUUAGUUUGUGUGUCUGUCUGUAUGGCACAUGGCAUCUUUCGGAGGUGACUAGCCCUAUAAGGUUCCUGCAGAGUUGGCUGUGGCCCUGCCCUCAUCCUGACACAUAGCUAUGGCUUCUCCGGCUAACUGGAGGCCUGGGCGGGAGGGAGGGAGACCCCUGCAGAGCGACCACUGCAGCCUAUUACCCACUUCGUUUCCUAACUAGGAAGGACAGGUGAGGGAAGUGUAGCCAGGAGGGAGGGGGUCCUUGGAGGGGUAAGAAGGAGUGCCCCAGGCCCUUCUUCCAUCUCCUUCCGCAGGAAUGACCAGGCUGAGGGGCCCAGGAAGUUCAGCAUGCCCAGGCUGGCCCCCAUAGCAUCCCCCACGAGAUGCAAGUACUUCACCAGGGUCUUCGUCAUUAGCGUCCUCUACUGACACUGCCUGAGGCCAGACUGGGCUCCUGGCUCCACACCCUGGCAUUUACCCCAGGGUAUUUACCCCAGAGCUCAGCAGAGAGAUGAGACCAACAGUGAAAGUCAAGUAAUUCAUGGUCUGGAUAGAUGUGAUGCUGUCUGGGAAACAGAUAUGUCCUUGGAAAGCAGAGGGAAAUGAGUUUCAACCAUAAAUUGUGUUCAGAUUGACUAAAAUGUUUGCCGUGCCCUGCCUUCCAAUAGAAAUAUAAUGUGAACCAUGUAUGGAACUUAAGAAUUUUCUAGCAGCUGCAUUGAAAGUAAUAGUAAAAAGAAACGGGGCAUUAAUUUUAAUAAUAUAUUUUAUUUAACCCAGUAUAUCUCCAAAACAUUACCAUUUCAGCAUGUCAUCAAUAUAAAAAAUUAUUGAGAUGUUUUACAUUCCUUUUUUCGUACUAAGUCUUCAAAUUCUGCUAUAUAUUUUGUACUGACCAUGUAUCCCAAUUCUAACUAGCCACGUUUCGAGUGCUCAGUAACCACAUGUCACUAGUGGCUAAUGCAUUGAAGACCAUGCCCUAAAAAUCUUCAGCUAGUUAUUUAGCCUCUCUGCACCUCAGUUUCCUCAUCUGACAAAUGGGGGUAAUAAAAGUACCUAUACUGUGGAAACCCUGGUGGUGUAGUGUUUAAGUGCUACGGCUGCUAACCAAGAGGUCGGCAGUUCAAAUCCACCAGGUGCUCCUUGGAAACUCUAUGGGGCAGUUCUACUCUAUUCUAUAGGGUCACUAUGAGUUGGAAUCUACUCAACAGCAGUGGGUUUGGGUUUAUAGAUACUGCACAUAAAGGAUUUACCGCAGCUUCUGGUCCAAGGGAACGUUCAGUACAUGCUAAUCCAUUGUAUUCUUGUUAGUAUACUCAAGGCGCUCUCUCUGAAAGGGACCCAGGGCCUGGACAAGAAAGAGGGGGCAUGAGAUGGUCCACUCAAGGCCUCCCUACUUCCCCCGUGGGUCCUGUACUCUGAGCGCCUCAGUUGCAGUUCCUUUGUUGUUCCAUAUGCCCAUGCUGACCAUUGCCUCAUGUCCCUUUGGGUUUAGCUUUUGGUAACAACUUCCCUUAGCUUGGCUUCUGUGUCCACCUUGCUAUUAUUAACCCUUUGUUUCCUGGAUUCUGGCUUUCUCAGACUCCCAAUACCUCCCUGGGCAACAAGCCACAGGAGCUAAGAUGCUUGGAAGAGGGAAGGGGAAAAGCUUUCUAUUAGGUGAGAACCACACUUCCUGCCUCCCAGGGGACUACUGUGUGAGUUUGGUUUGGGGCUUGAAUAUCUGGUUGACUUAGAUCCAGAGACCACGUCCACAAUAAGCCUAAACUGUAGAUGGUGUUGUUGCUGUUAGUUUCUGCCCAGUUGAUUCUGACUGUAGGUUUUAUUGCACAUUCAGCAGAAGAGGAAAGUGAGGCUCAGAGAGCCUGGAUGACUUGCCCAAGGUCGCACAGUUGCUGAGUGGCAGGGCUGACCCCAGAAUACAGUUCUCCCGACUCCUUUUUGCCACUCUUAAGGAGAAAGGCCAAGAGCAUGGGCCAGGCCCUUGUACUGCAUUCCACCACCAUGCCAGUUCUGUCACAUGCAAAUAUGGCAUCCUUGGGGUCUCUGGAGGUUGUGGUGUCUGGAGCAGGGGACCAGCCAUGCACCUUGGUCUGGGACUACACUUCGUGUCAUCUGCAAAUCUGAGAGCCUUCGGUGACCUGCUCAGAAAACAGGAUCAGUAUUUCUUCCACACUUGGUGGGAUCCAUAAGCACCCUGGAGAAAAUGAGUUGCCUACCACAGCUCUUAACUGACAUGGGACCUGUCACAACUCUUAUUGACAUGGGACUAUGACCCUCAUUGUGGGCUGCUGGGGUCUCACUGAGGGGCCUGACAGUGGCUUCCUCAUUGCCUAGCUAUUGCCUUAUCGUCUCCCUUCCCCUCUUUUUUUCUGUAGGUUCCAGGGUUCAUUCAUUAUUUCAACUGCUAUUUAUUGAGCACUAACUGUUUUUUUUUUUUUUUUAACUGUUUGCCAGGCAUGUGGGACUCAGUGAUGAACAAAGUAAACAUGGACCCUGCAGCCAUGAGCUUACUGUCCAGGAGAGUGAGACACUAAUCAAACCAUUGCACAUACAAAUGUGCAAUUGCAACUGAGACCUGUGCCCGGGCCAAGAGGUAUCAUAGGCCUGGCCAGUGAGGUCAGGGAGGGCUUCUCCCAGGAUGGUUGAGGGCUGAUGCUCAGCCUUGGCACAGCCCAGGAGAGGAGGACAUGCCUCUCUUUUGCCAGAUUGUAUCCGCCAAUUCCUAAGCAAGCCUCAGUCCCAUUUGCUGUCCCCUGGGAUGGAAAAGGGUGUUUGGCCCUGCCCACGGUAAUUUGAGGACAGGGCUGAGAUGAACCCAGAACAGGGUAUGUGAGCGUGUGUGUGUGGGGGGGUGUGCACUUGUGAGUGCAUAUGUGUAUACAUGUGAGUGUGUGUCCAUGUGUGUGUGCGUGCACGUGAAUGCAUGUACAUGUGUGAACAUGCAUGUGUGCAUGUGUACAUGUAUACGCAUGUGUGUUUGUGUGUGUGUGCAUGUGUAUCUGAAUGAGGGUGUGCGUGUGAGCAUGUGUGUGUGUCAUAAUGCAUUGGAUUUAGCUGGAGAGUUUAAAAAAAAUGAGGACCUUGGGCCCCACUUCAAGCCAUUCUGAUUUGACUGGUUUAAUUAUUGUAAAAACACACACACACAAAUGGAGCCCUGAUGGCACAGUGGUUAUGCACUCUCGUCUGCUAACCAAAAUGUCGGUGGGUAGAGCCUACCAGCCACUCUGAGGGAGAAAGACAUGGCAGUCUGCUUCUGUAAAGAUUUACAUACGGUCUUGGAAAUCCUGUGGGGGCAGCUCUACUCUGUCCUAUAGGGUCCUUAUGAGUUGGAAUCGAC